AUGUCCUCCUCCUCCAGUACAGAAGGUUGUUCAGUGCUGAAAUGGCAGCGUUUCUUCUGUUCGGCGGGCAUACCGGCAGCGAUCGCGGCGAAAUAUUCGAGAUCGUUCGCUGAGCAACGAGUCCAGUUUACGAUGCUGGAGGACCUUGACAAGGCAACACUUAUUGAUUUAGGUGUCAAUACCAUUGGUGACCAGGUACGUACGUUCGGUAUAAAAACUGUUGAUGCCUUAGCUUCUUCGAAGAUACUUGUGGCCUGUUUCCUGAGAAAAGUAUGCUUUACCAAACUAAAAUUUCUAAUUCACGUUAUCCUGCUCUUUGUUUAG